UCCCAAUAAGAGGAGGAACAAAUAACCAUAAAAAGAAAAAUAAAAUAAAAGAGGAAUAAAAAAAAUUACUGUUAGUUUUCCGUUUUAUUUCUUUUUUGAUUUUUGUUUUAUCUAUUCUAUAUAGUUUUAAAUUUUGCUAUUUAAUUUUCUGAACAUUGCUGUAUACCUAACCUAUAAAGUGUAAUACAGCAGUUUUACUAUAUUAAAUUUUACCGGAAGAAAAGCUAAAAAAAAAAUUUAUAUAUAAAAAAAAAGUGGAAAUUCUUUUAAUUGUUCUUUUUAUUAAAUUACGUGAUUAUAAACGAAGUGCAAGAUAGAAACUUGUGAUAAAAUAAAAGUAAUUACAAAAAUCAAGGUUUAAAACUACUAGAUUUUUAAAAAUUGUUGAGAAAUUUUGUUAAUAAAAUGCCAAAAAUAAAUACUUAAUAGUAUAAUAAAUAUUUUUAUGAAUUUUUUCUAAUAACAUUUUAAAAUUAAUAUUUUCUCUCUUUUGGAAUUUACAAUGGUAAUUACCGUAAAUAAAAGGAAUUUUUUACAAUUGCUGCAAAAACACGGAUCAUAUUAUUCAAAAUUAUCAUUUUUUUCAAUUAUUCAACGUCAAAAUUGAAUCGACAAAGGUGACGAGUGAAAAAAUAAAUGGUGAGAAAGACUCACCAUUCAAAGAAAAAAAAAUCCUGCAGGAUCAGGAUAUUAAAACCGAAUUUAUUAGUAUAGAAACUUUAGGAAAUCGUGAUUUUCAUCACUUAAAUAAAAAUUUUGAAAAUAAUUUAAAAACAACGGCAUUAUGUACCAAUAAACAUUAUAAAUUUUAUAAGAAAAUUAAGCAAGAACAACAAGAAGAAGAACUAAAAAACGAAGGCGAAAAGGAAUAUAGAAAAAUUAAAAAUACGGAAUCUAAUUCAGAGACAAUAAUUAUUCAAAAUCCAAUUGAAGUUAAUCAAUAUUCACAUAUUUAUUACGACUUAAAUGCUCAACAAACUGCAAAUGGUACCUGCUCUAGUUCAAUGUAUAUGGCCAGUGGAGACAUGACACAAAUUGGACAUCAUGUUAAUCCAAGUGAAAUCACACCACAACAAGUUGAUGGAUCUGUUACAAAUAAUUCUGUUAAUCAUACAUCAUCUACCGUUCAAGUUGAUGAUGGUGCAAUUGCAAAUGAUAGAAUUUCAUCUCAGCAAUCAACGCAACAGCAGCAACAACAAUCACAACAACACAAACAACAACAACAACCGCAUCAGCAACAACAGCAACAACAAUCACUUAAUAGAGAUGAAACAUCAAAUGAAUAUUCACAUAUGCGACAACAAGUACAAAGAAAUCAUACAGGAAACUCAAAUCGCAAAAGGAAAUAUUCAUUUAAUGAUACAACAAGCGAUUUGGAGGAUGAUACUGGUGAUGACGCAAAAUCAAUAAAAACCGUUGACGAAAAUAAAAAACAAAACCAUAGUGAAAUUGAGAAAAGACGUCGCGAUAAAAUGAACACAUAUAUUUCAGAAUUGUCAGCUAUGGUACCAAUGUGUCAUGCAAUGUCACGUAAAUUAGAUAAAUUAACCGUACUUCGUAUGGCUGUACAACAUUUAAAAACAAUACGUGGUGCUGUACAUUCAUAUACAGAAGGACAUUAUAAGCCUGCAUUUUUAUCUGAUCAAGAAUUGAAAAUGUUAAUACUCCAAGCGGCUGAUGGUUUUUUAUUUGUUGUUGGCUGUGAUAGAGGCAGAAUUCUUUAUGUUUCAGAAUCUGUUUCUGAAAUUUUAAAUUACACUCAAGGUGAUUUAUUAGGGCAAAGUUGGUUUGAUAUAUUGCAUCCCAAAGAUGUUGCAAAAGUUAAAGAACAAUUAUCAUCACCGGAUUUAAGUCCACGAGAACGUUUAAUUGAUGCCAAAACAAUGCUUCCGGUUAAAACAGACUUACCUCAGGGAUUGUCAAGGUUAUGUCCAGGAGCCAGAAGAUCAUUUUUUUGUCGCAUGAAAUGUAAAAAUUCAGCACAAAUGGUUAAAGAAGAAACAGAAACAAGUAAUUCAUCUCAUUCACAUCGACGUAAAAGUAAAAUGAAUUCAGAUAAAAAAUAUUGUGUUAUACAAUGUACGGGUUAUUUAAAAUCAUGGGCUCCAGCCAAAAUUGGUUUAGAAGAACAAGAGAAUGACACUGAUGGUGAUUCAUGUAAUUUAUCAUGUUUAGUAGCUGUCGGCCGUAUUCCACCAAAUGUUUUUCAACCAAAUGUCAACCCACCAUGCAAUUAUUAUCCGAAUCUCCGACAAAUUCAAUUUAUAUCAAGACAUGCAAUGGAUGGAAAAUUUUUAUUUGUAGACCAAAGAGCAACUUUAGUAUUGGGUUUUUUACCACAAGAACUUUUGGGUACAAGUAUGUAUGAGUAUUAUCAUCAUGAUGAUAUACCAGCACUAGCAGAAUCGCACAAAAUCGCUUUACAGAGUUCUGAAAAGAUAACAACAUUAGCUUAUAGAUUUCGUACAAAAGAUAAUGGUUUCGUUCGCUUACAAAGUGAAUGGAAAUCAUUUAAAAAUCCUUGGACAAAAGAUGUUGAAUAUUUGAUAGCGAAAAAUUCAGUAAUAUUAUCUGAUGCUAGAGAAAAUGGUAACAAUUAUAGAAGUGAUGGAAUGAAUACACAUAAUAUUUCUAGUAAUUUUGAUUUUUUUAAUCCAUCAAAUGGACGUGAAAUACAUAGAAUCAUCAAUUCUCAUAUUGAAGCAAGUAAAAUUGGUAGGCAAAUAGCUGAACAAGUAUUAGAUUAUCAUAGAAGAAUUAGUGACUCUUCUACUGAAAGUAGUCCAGAUCCUGAUAGUCGUAGUGGUAAUCCUAGUCAAACAAUGUCUUCUGGUGAAAAUAGUAUUUCUGGUGGUGAAUUACAAUCAUCGGAUAGAAGAAAUAAUCAAUCAACUGGACAAUAUCCACGUUUAAAUGGAACAUUACCACAUUUUAAUAAUGUUCGAAAUAAUUUUACAACGAAUUCUGAUAAUGCUAAUGACGGUGAAAUGACAUCUGUAGUUUCAACAUCAAUUCACGAAUCUCCAAAUCAGAGUGUAACAAGUGAUGGUAAUGAUGAAGCUGCAAUGGCUGUUAUUAUGAGUUUAUUAGAAGCUGAUGCUGGUUUAGGUGGACCUGUUGAUUUUACUGGUUUACCAUGGCCAUUACCAUAAAAAGAAAAUUAUUUCCUAUAAACCUAUAUAUAUUUAAAAAUAAAAAUAAAAUUAAUGAAUACAUACAUAUAUAACGAAUCAAAUACUUUUUUUUGUAAAAUUUAGGAUUAAA